AUGUCAUCUGAGCAGAAACCAAUUCUCUACUCCUAUUGGAGAUCGUCUUGCUCGUGGAGAGUCAGAAUCGCUCUCGCUCUUAAAAACGUCGAAUAUGAAUACAAAACGGUUGAUCUGCUGUCUGAGGAAGCAAAGAACCAAUUGAAAGAGAUCAAUCCAGCUGCAAAGGUACCUGCAUUUGUUGUGGAUGGCAAAGUUAUCACCGAGAGCUUGGCGAUUAUCGAGUACUUGGAAGAGACUCAUCCAGAUGUUCCACUUUUGCCGAAAGACCCAGUGAAGAGAGCCCACGCUAGAGCUAUUGCUCUCUUGGUGGCCUCCGGAAUCCAACCUCUUCACAAUCUCAAAGUUCUCCAACUUUUGAACAAGAAGGAAGCCGGAUUUGGAGGACAGUUCGCCAAACAAUUCGUCGUUGAAGGUCUUACUGCUCUUGAAAUUCUCCUGAAACAACAUUCCGGAAAAUACGCAGUUGGAGACAGCGUCACCAUUGCGGACCUCAACAUUCCACCACUUAUCUAUUCGGCUAACAGAUUCAACCUCGAUCUGUCUGCCUACCCAACUGUCAAUCGUAUCAAUGCUACGCUCGCUGAGAUACCCGCUUUCAUUGCCGCUCAUCCAGAUAAUCAACCCGAUACCGGACUCAACGCCUAA